AAAACUUCAAAGUUAGGUACAUUCGGAGUUCCUGUUUUGAAAAUCAGUCGCUAAUUUAUGGAAAAGAAAAUUUGGUACUUUCGUACUGUUGUUACAUAUUGAUUGGCUAACAAUUUCUCAAGUAUAAUGCCUGAGUUUAAUCUUAAGGAUUCUAUAAUAACUUCAUUGAACGCUCAAGAGCCAUGGCCGAACGACGUGAAACUGUUCCAGCCGUACGAAGUGGAGCAAAUCCUUCUGCCAGACAAUGCGAGUUGUCUCGCCGUCCAGGCUUUCUUGAAGAUGUGCAACCUCCCUUUCGAAGUGGAGAUGCGUUGGAAUGCGGAAUUCAUGUCACCCUCGGGCCGCGUCCCCUUCAUCAAGUGCGGAGCGUUCGUGGUGUCGGAGUUGGAGCCAAUUGUGCAGUUCGCCGCUAACAAGGGAGUCUCGCUUUGUGGAAGACUGUCCACGGAGGAGAAGGCUGAAAUGAGGGCUUACAUGAGCUUGAUUACGAAUGUUUUGGUUAAUGCUGAGCUGUACAUAUCCUGGAUAGACGAAGACACAUUCAACGCUGUGACCAAAGUGCGCAACUCGUCGGUGUACCCCUGGCCUUUAGGCUGGUUGCAGACUAGGAGCAAGAGGAACGCAGUAGCGAAACGUUUGAAAGCAUUGCAUUGGCAUGACAAGACGUUGGAUCAAGUUUUAGCUGAUGUGGAGCAAUGCUGUAAUUCAUUGAGCCAAAGACUCGGUGACAGAGACUUCUUCUUCGGAACUCCUACACCUCUAGACGCGCUAGUCUAUGGUCACACGCGAGCUAUACUCUCUGCCAAUGGACCCAAAGCGGCUCUGAUGAUAAAACCUAUCACUAGUUCUCUAUUGAGACACAUUUUAAGAAUGAAGAACUUGACAAAGAUGGAGUUGACGUCCCACAGAACUGGACGCCCUUGUGUUCGGCCACGUGUUCACCAUCAUUACCACCCGCCUGCCUUGCAGAAAGUUAGCAGAAGUUGUGAGAAGGCACGAGACUUUGGUAGCUUUGGCCAAACGGGUGGACGAGCAGUACUUCAAGAGGCCAUAGCGCGAGGUUUUCAAGGACAUUUCAACUGUGUUCAAAAGGCCUUGAAAGUACCCUCAACUAACAAUUUUAAACUUAUAACUUGUCCUUCAACUAAUUGCUUCUUGUUAUAAAAUGUAACUUGAUCUGUGUGACAGCAGGAUGGAACGAUAACAGUGACGUAGGUGCGAAAAGGACAGUAAGACUAUGUAAUGUAUACAAUUGACAUCUGUCAUAGAGAUCAAGCCAAUAUAAAAUGGACUCUUUUUAGAUUUCUGUAAAUAAGCCGUAGUUCACUUCACUUUAAUUUAGUGUGGUGUUUGAAUUGGAUCGUUCGUUGAAUUAUUGUUGACAUUGUAAUUCUAAAUUAAUAUUUCUUUUUCUCGAAUUGAACGGUCAUGGACACAAAUACUUAGGUCUAGUUUGAAUUAAUUUUUCUAAAGUCAAAAUUUGUCAUAAAUUAUUCCAAUAUCUAUUAUCAAUUACUGGUAGGUAUAAUGUGUUCCAUUUUUGAAGUAUGUUUUAAUUUACGUAGUGACAAUUCUAUUGUAUUUAGAAGUUCUUCAACUUGCAAUCUCUUUAGGAAUAACAUAGAUUUCUGUAACUAAAUCCAGGGUCGGGUAUAUUACAGAUGGAAAUAACAGUUUACUUUCAUUUUGUCUAGUUUUAUAUGGGUCUCUUGGGCAGACAUAAGGGUUUGGAAUACCGGUAAAGUUUUUAACGGUACCGGACUUAUACCGGUACCAUACGUUUUAUUAUACCCGAACAACUUUAGGUUAGGAUUUCUCAAAGUACUUAUACCCUGAGUUUAGGUGUAGUUUUAAAAAGUAUAAAUCAUAAAGUUAGUGUAGACUAUAAAGGUAGCUUUUAGAUUUGUUAUGUACCUAUUGUAAUUUGGCAUAAUAAUGUGUUGUAUCAUUGUAACAUAGAUAAGAAAUAUAUCAGCACAAGUUGAACCUGUUUUUAAAACUAAUUUUUAUUAAAACUAGUCUAACACCAAUAUUUGUAUGAGAAAAUUUUGUAGGUACUCUGUAACUUAGUUAUUUUUUAAAUUCGAAUGUUUUUUUUUAAUGUAAGGAUUAAUGUUAAGAUGUUUUGUUAAAUUUAGAUAUUAUAAUUUCGUUAUUGACGAAAGUCUUGUUUUUAUCAAGAUAAUAUCUGCAUUUUUUAAGUAUUUUAUGCAUUUGCGUGUUAUGUUUGUGUGCUUGCAUUAUAUUAUU